AUGCACAGAAACCAGCCGCGCUUCACCGUCGCACCGCCGCCGUGCUUGACCGUCUCCUUAGCGGCGGAGCUCUGCCGCCUCGCUUCACCUCCGCGCCGCUGCGAAUCAUCGCUGGAGAUGGAUGCGACCAUGCAGGUUCCGGCGGAAAUGGCCCGUCGUCUGUGUAGGCCACACCACCAGCGGCUUCCUUCAACCGACUCUGGCAUACAACCACGAACUCCAUCUCCAGCAAUUUAUGUAGUUGUCGUGCCGGCGGACAGGAGAAAGGCGACGCCGCCUUUGAUGGUUGCCAGCCAUAGCGACGGCCGGAGGUUUUCACGGCGACAAGCAGCGGCCAACGGUCGGGCAGUCAUGGCGGCCAGAAGCAGCGACCAUAGGUCGCGCAGUCAUGGCGACCAGAAGCAACAUCGUCGAGAGCAGCAGGGGGCAGAGAGGUUUAAGUCGAUGGCGGAUGAAGGAGGUCGCGGCCUAUGGAUGAUGGUGUCGUGGUCGCCCUGUUCGUGCGUGACUGACAGCGGGCUCUGGCGGCUACUUUUCAGGGGGCUCCAGCUGCAGCGUGACUGUUAG